AUGGGAAACGAAUCAUACAACAGCCUUACCCUUCAGAUAGAAGGGUUGAAGGUUACAGAGCAAUCUGUAUACCCUGUUUUUGCCUUUUUACUAAUUUUCUAUUUAUUAAUCAUUAUUAUGAAUGUGGGUAUUUUAGUGCUCGUUGGCAUUGAAAGGAGCCUACACCAGCCUAUGUAUCUGCUUUUCUGUAACCUGCCAAUCAACGACAUCAUAGGAAGCUCAGUUUUGGUGCCAAGGCUUCUCGCUGACAUCUUGACGCCUCCUUCGGAACGCUUCAUCGACUACUACGAGUGUGUGGUCCAAGCAUUCUUCUCACACUUGUUUGGCACCACUUCUCACACCAUUUUGAUGAUCAUGGCCUAUGACAGAUAUGUGGCUAUCUGUAAUCCUCUGCGCUAUGCUCUUAUUAUGAAUAACAAAAUGGUGAUCAAGUUGAUUUUCUCUGCCUGGGGUGUGGCUGUUGUGCUGGUGGCCAUCCUGAUCGGGCUGACUGUCAGACUGAACACAUGCAGAACCUUGAUUACACAUCCUUACUGUGACAAUGCCUCACUGUUUAAGCUCUCCUGUGAGAGCGUUUUCAUUAACAAUGCCUAUGGCCUGACAUUUACUGUGGUGCUUUUGACAUCUUCUAUCGGCGGGGUGUUCCUUACUUAUGUAAAGAUCACAGCUGUCUGUCUGACCAGUAAAAACAAAGCUCUGAACAGUAAAGCUCUAAAGACUUGCAGCACACACCUUUCAGUGUACCUUAUAGUGAUUUUAUGCGGAAUGUUAACUAUUCUGAUGCAUCGCUUUCCUCAGUACUCAGAUUACAGGAAGCUGUCCGCCAUUAUGUUUCACAUAGUUCCAAGUGGCCUCAACCCCAUCAUAUAUGGUGUACAGUCCAAAGAGAUACGAAAGCUCCUUUCAAAAAUGUUUUUGUCUAAAAACGUUUUACCUUUAAUUAAGGGUGGAGCUGUUUAUGAUUCUAAAGAUCACUAG